AUGUCCACGGAGGAAUCAAGCUCCGACCUGGAAGUCGUCUCCAAGGACAUGGCCGGUUCAACGUUGAGCGAGAGUGUAGACAGCAAGUUAACCACUCCCGAGGAGAGCCCAAAUGUACUACACGCAGACUCGGAUACUAGAGUCUACUCUGAGAAGGAAGUCACGAAGCUCGACGCAGCCGCCACGAAUGGAGAUUCUGGCGACUAUCUCAACGGCACGGUAGACGCAAAGACCAACGGAAGUGCCUCCGCCUUGAUGAGUCCACUAUAUGAGCCUCUCAACCUGGAUGCGGUCCUAUCCGACACCGGCGGCAGAACAGGGCUGCAGCGUGCUCCCUCCAUCUUGCAGCGAGCACACGAUGUUGGUAACAACUGGGAGCUAUACAGACGAGCCGGCCCACGCUACCCGACUUCUCUGGAACAUCUCAUCAUGAAGUACCACCAACACCACAGCAACUCGUGGCAGCUCGCUCAUGACCUUGGUGCAGGAUCUGGAGUCUAUGCUAGCACGCUCGCCAACUUCUUCCGGCAUAUUCACAUCUCGGACCCGACUGCCUCAGGUGUAGCUACAUCCCGGAAGUUUCUGACCGAGUACAACGCCAAGCAUCCAGAGAAACGUGGACGAUUCACAUUCUCGUCAAAUGCGCCGGAGGAGGCAGAAGAAAGCUUCGCAGAUGGCUCCGUCGACCUCGCCAUCAUUAUGGAGUCCGCACACUUCACCGAUGCGGAGAAGACUGUGCGCAGUGUAGCCGCUACACUCGCACCCAAAGGCACCCUGGCGAUAGUCACGCAUCGUCCAGUCUCUCGCGUAGCAGGCAAUCAAGAUGUCGCCGCAGCGGUGGAGCGCCUCUUCACAGCCUGGGGUCGCCGACCAUGGGAGAUCGCGUGUGGGACUGAUACCAAAUCCCAGCAGCAGUUCAACCUCGGUCUCGACUUCGUCCCGGUCCCGGACGACCUUUUCGCACGCGAGAAGACACGACGGAUCACCAUCAACGCCCACGCCAAGCCACGAGACUUCUUCCGUGUCCCCGGCUUGGACGACGAGACCUCGCACCAUGAGAAUGGAAUGUCCACUCUCAGCCACCAAGAAAUGUAUGACAUUCCUUGCUCCCGGGUCGAUGGAAAGGAGAAAUGCAUCGCAUACGACGGCGAGGAUGAGCAAGCUCGAGGCUGGAGAUUCGAGGUAGGCUGGGAGAGUUUCAGGACGAGGAUAGCGUUGCUCGACUCCCCCGACACGGUCAGGAGAUUGGAGCCGCACCUGAAUGAGGUGAAGGAGUUGAUCAUGAAGACCAGCCCGAAUGGAGUUACCGUGGUGAUUGAGUGGGCUGUUUCUGUCAUCUUGGCAUCGAGGAACUAG